AUGGGGCUCGGGAUCCUUGAGCAGAGCCAGCUGGAACAUGUGCCUGGGACGGCAUUCCUAACGACCAAAGGGUCAAAGGGGAGAGAGACCACUUCCCAGUCACUACAGAGUACUACGAGUUUGGACGAUUUGAAGCAGAGAAAUGGAGUGGUUCUUGUACCCCAGCCGUCUGACUCACCCAACGAUCCCCUUAAUUGGGCAACUUGGAAAAAGGAAGCUUUUAUGGUUACGUUUGCAUUUGCCAUGGGCUGCGUCGGGUGUGUUGGGCCCCUCCUCUCGGCGGCUGCAGUACAGAUGGCUGUUGGGUGGGAUACAACCAUCGCCGAGUUUGUACGAAACUACAACUCGGUGUACCUGGCUGGAGUGGCCAUCAGCUCGAUCGUCAAUAUUGCCUUCGCAGUGAAAUACGGAAAGCGGCCUGUAUUCAUUGUGAAUAGCCUUCUGCUUGCAGUAGGGAAUUUUGGGGGAGCUGGAGCGACGAGUUUACCUUCCAUGGCAGGAUCACGGUUUAUCGCAGGAUGGGGAGUUGGAUGUUGGCAGUCGUUAAUUCCUGCAAAUAUAGCAGAAAUAUGGUUUGUCCACCAACGUGGCUUUCGUCUGGCUGUCUUCAACCUCGGCCUGAUCGGCGGGCUGAACUCGUGCUACCCAUCAGCGCCCUUAUUCUGA